UAUCAAACCUGUCAAGUCUCACCUUCAAUAUACCCAGCCAGACGGUUUUGUUCAGUAUGUGGAUUCGCCAGCGAUUACAAGUGUCUGAGAUGUGGUAUGAAAUAUUGUUCAACGAAAUGUUUAUCAACACAUACAGAAACUCGAUGUUUAAAAUGGACAGCUUGA